GAGGAAGAUUGGGGGUUGAUCCGGAGCGCAUUUGAAUGGUGAAUCAGGCGUUAUAUGGUCCAAGAGGCCAGGUAUAAAGAUGGGCAUGUUCCCAUCGAGGCCAGUUUUCUUUGCUUUGUUCAGCAAAUCUCUCUCUCCUAGAUCAAUCAGUGGUCAAUCCUAGGAAAGAACAACCUACUUGCUCUUUCUUUUGCCUGAUCAGUCAAUCACCAUGGAUGUCAAACGACCUUCUACAGCUUUCCUGAUCCUCCUGCUAGCGGCCUCUCGUGUCGCCGGCCACGGCCAUGUCACCAACAUCGUCAUCAACGGCGUCUCCUACGAGGGCUGGGACAUCAACUCCUUCCCAUACAUGGACGACCCCCCCGUCGUGGUGGCCUGGGGCACCCCCAACACGAACAACGGCUUCAUCUCGCCGGACGGCUACACAAGCUCAGACGUCAUCUGCCACGUGAACGCCACCAACGCCAAAGGCCACGCCGAGGUCGCGGCCGGGGACCGCAUCCACCUGCAGUGGACCGACUGGCCCGAGACGCACCACGGGCCGGUGCUGGACUACCUGGCGGACUGCGGCUCGUCCUGCGAGACGGUGGACAAGGCGAGCCUGGAGUUCUUCAAGAUCUCGGAGGUCGGGCUGGUGGACGACUCGUCGGUGCCGGGCGUCUGGGGCGACGACCUGCUCAUCGAGAACAGCAAUUCCUGGCUCGUCGAGAUCCCCGAGGGCAUCGCGCCAGGGAACUACGUGCUGCGGCACGAGCUGAUUGCGCUGCAUAGCGCGGGCACGGAGAACGAGGCGCAGAACUACAUGCAGUGCUUCAAUCUCCAGAUCACGGGCAGUGGGUCGGCGACCCCGGACGGAGUGGCCGCGACGGAGUUUUAUACCCCCACGGACCCCGGCAUUCUGGUCAAUAUCUAUGACACGCUCGACUACGAGAUCCCCGGUCCCUCUCUGAUUGCCGGUGCGACUCCCAUUCUCGAUCAGACGACUUCUGCCAUUACGGCCACGGGCACGGCGACCGCAGGGGUGUAAAAGGAACGUUGCGGGAAAUAGGGGAGGCCAAGGGCGAGAGCUGUUUGUGGAGGUACUUAGUCAGUUACUUAUGAAA